AUGGCAUCGUUACCGGAGGGCGUAACGGAAGCUGGCCAGAAGCUUCUGUCCGACGUGGAGGCCGUGAUGGAGCGAUGCAAGGCGCUGCAGGAAACAGCGGCGGGGUACAGCCAGCGACUCAAGAGCGAGGGCGACGCUCUCGGCGAGCGUGCGAUCGCGCUCGAGAAGGAGCUUCGCACGCUGCGAAAGAGCGUCAACGUCGCAGCGGCGAAAGACGAG